UGGUUGUGUAUUCAAACCUCGUUUUACCUGUUCCACCACUUACUACUAUAACACUCACAUGUGUUGCAAAUGCCCAUCCUGUUGGAAAUAUCACUUGGACGAUGGUGGAAACAUCUUAUUUAAAAUCAUCACAAACAAAGACGUGUUCGAAUGCAUCAACAUGCACUUAUGAAAUGACUACAUCUGACGCUGAACAGGUGUAUUCGUGUAAUGCAAAGAACGAACAUGGCAGUGACGAAGGGUCAAUUGUAGUUGUUCAUGAGCAUAACUAUAAAGAAGAACCGAGACAAAGCGGAAGAGGAAGUUUUUUAUGGAUACUACUAUCUGGAAUAGCCGUUGUCACUCUAGGAAUUAUUGUCCUGGUUUUGUGCGUCUUUCGUAAGCGCUGGUGUCGAUGCAAUACAUUGUACGAGGGUGUUAAUAUUCGUCAAGAUGGCCACCAUACGUACCAAGACAUUGCAGUCCCAUCUUCAAAUAGGCCUCAUGAGUUAGACGCAACAUUGUCUCCAGGAAUAUAUGAUGAGAUUGACGAAAACAACUCGUCUUCAGUACAGGCGGGAACUAAUCUGACAACAAGUGCGACUGAAAAUAGGCAAUGCCUGAUCGAAAGUAGUAACCCGUACUCUAAUAUAAGCCAAAGAAUCCCAACAGGAACACAGAUGACUGAAAUGACACGUUACUUCUCAGAGUCAAACAAUCGAGGGGGAAUCAAACUCAGAAGGAGGUGAAGGUUACUUACAUGUGAUUUAUACGUUAAAUCCAAAGUAAAUGACGGAAAAGUUUUUUUAUUCCUCAAAAAGCAUAAAUAAAUUCAACACAUGAAAGUAUCGUUACUAACUAUAGAGUUAUUACAUUUUAUAUAUGUACCGAAACAAUUCCGACAACGGCAUAGAUAACGAGUAACUUUUCAUAGCCAAACAAUCCAGAAAGUGUCAUGGGGGAAACACACGCAGAAGGAGGUGAUAGUUACUUACAUGUGAUUUAUUGGUUAAAUCUUAAGUAAAUGAAGGGCAAGUUUUUUCAUUCUUUGGAAAACAUAAAUUAAUUCAACACAUGAAGUUGUCGUAACUAACUAUAGAGCUAUUACAAUUUAUAUUGUAUGAUAAGAUAACCGAAACAAUUCCGACAACGACAUAGAUAACGAGUAACUUUUCAUAGCCAAACAAUCCAGAAAAUGUCAUGGGGAAACACACGCAGAAGGGGGAAAUGUAACGUAGAUGUCUUUCAUAGAACAUGAAAAUGGUCGGUAUGAGAGUGUGAUUUUAUAAAAAAAAAUCCUGAAGCGAAGUUAUUUGUCAACACAAACUGUUUUGUUCGAUUAGAUGAAAACCGUUGAAUAACAAUACCAUAUCUGCCUUUUUUACGAACAAUGAGGCAUACCAUAUAUCAACGGGUCGGUAUUUUAUGUUAAUUAUUUGUCUCCGAAGCAGUUGUCCAGUUGUAGUAUU